AUGGCCGCUCGCAGUGGACCACCCUUCAGGGCUACGAGCCCGGACGCUGGCGAGCAAAGAAGCGUCGGCGAGCAGAGCACACCUACAAGGGAGCACAAUCAGCAAAGUCCCGCCAGGGAGCCCUUACAGCAGCACUAUCAGUCUUUUGCAACUCCGCACUUUUCACCUUCAGCAACGGGCCCCAAAUCAUCUGCCCUCGCCCGUCGCAUACCUAGCCUCAGCGCAGGCUUCAAAGGCAAACAAAGAGCUAUCGGCCGCUUCUUCAGCGAGUCUCACAGAACGAUGCCGGAUGAGGAGCCUACCAGUCCCAGAAGCGCAGAUCCAUCUUCGUCUAGCACAUCCCAAUAUGGAGCUCUAAGCUUCGGACGGCCUGCUGCACCACCCAGGCGGGCACAGUCUGCUUCCCGUGCUGCGAGCGUGCCCUUGCCAUCGCCAUCUGCAGACGAUCUAAGCUACACCCGUCGCAUGCUGGAGCAAGCGCAGACGCCUAAAGACGACAGCUCGGAUCCGCUGCGCUCAAGUCAAAUAUCGACUGCGAGCUCAAGAAGCCUCACUGCUCGGCUGAGCGAGCUUCAACUGGUCAAUCUCAAUCUCGCAAUCUUAGCCGCACAGCUUUCUUGGUCCAUCGAGCUCGGCUACGGGACGCCCUUCUUGCUCUCUCUCGGUCUUUCGAAACAGCUCACAGCUCUCGUCUGGCUAGCUGGACCUUUGGGCGGCCUCAUCGUCCAGCCUCUCGUUGGCGCAUAUUCUGAUCGCAGCCAAUCCCGCUUUAGACGGAGAGCUUUCAUAUUGGCCUCCUACGCUCUCAUCGUCAUCUCGACCCUCUUUCUCGCCUUUUCAGGGGAAAUCGCGAGAUGGCUGAUCGAUCUGUUCGGCUUUGGUGUUGGUGAUUGGGACCCUGCGCUGGGGGAGCAUCUGCUCUCUGUCGCGCGUUGGGUAGCAGUCCCUGCCUUUUACGUCCUCGACUUUGCCCUGAAUGGCUUACAAGCCUCAGCGCGUUCGCUGAUCCUCGAUAGAGCGCCUUCCAGGCAGCAGGGCAAUGCAAAUGCCUGGCAUUCGCGCAUGACCCAGAUAGGCAACGUUGCCGGUUAUGCGCUCGGCUUCACUAACCUUCAGCGAGCGCCUGUAUUCCGUUGGCUUGGAGGCUCGCAAUUCCGCAAGCUCUGCAUAAUCUCACUGGUCCUGGGUGGCCUCUGCAUCUUGGUCACUUGCGUCACCCAGCCCGAGAUACCUGCAAAGCCAGAAACAGAUGACAAAGACGACAAGAGUGAGCACGCACGAAGAGGGAUAUUCAGGCAGUUUCAACACUCAUUAAUCGAAGUAUGGGAUGCUAUCGUCAUGCUACCGGUACCCAUUCGAAAGCUAUGCUCUGUCCAAUUUGCGGCGUGGUCCGGCUGGUUUCCCUUCUUAUUUUAUGCCUCAACCUAUGUUGCUCAAUCGUGGAAGAACGAUCAUCUGCAUCACUCAUCGGGCGAAAGCGACGAGGAGGCCGGACGUGCUGGCGCCCUUGCGCUGCUCUUCUUCGCACUCGUCGCUGCGGGCACAGGCGCUAUGCUGCCUCCCUUGCUCGCUGCAGCUCGAGGUGCGGCACUGAGCAAGCGAAGAAUGCCUUUCUUGCUGAGAUAUUCGCUCGCUUCCGCAACGCUCAAAAACGCAUGGACUGCCUCGCACCUGCUUUUCUCACUGCUCAUGCUGAUCACGGUCUUUGUCGAUUCUGCGCGUGGCGCGACCACACUCGUCGCCCUUAUUGGCGUACCUUGGGCAAUCACGUGCUGGGUGCCCUUUGCCUACCUGAUGGCAUAUAUUCGCGAGAUCAAGGAGACUUUCAAGGCCGAACCGUCGGUCUCGACGCCUACACAAGGACAUGCGAGAUCAGGCUCUGAUCAAUCAGGCGUGCUCGAUUAUCGAGCAAGGACAAGAGCUGCUCUGGACGAGUGUCAGCCGCUACUUGAGCCCAGACAUCGCCAUGCUCGCCAGCAGUCGUAUACUGGCGCGACUUCGACUGCACAAGAGACGGGCGGUGUGAUGAUCGGCAUCAUGAACCUAUCAAUCGUCCUACCUCAGCUUGUCGUCGCCGUUGUGUCGAGCAUUAUUUUCAAGCUUGUAGAGCUGGGCGAGGGAGACAACGAGACGAGCAGGCGGCUGACUCCUGCCAAGCAAAGCAAAGACGUCGUCUGGGUGUUCCUGUACGGAAGUGUCAUGACGCUCCUUGCGGCUCGGUGGUCGCGGCAAGUCGUGCUGACGAAUGAGGAGACAGAUUUCCUAGACGCGCUCCAGACUGCGCAUGAUGAGUCCUGGACGCCAACAGACGAAGACGCAUAA